AAUGGCAAGCAAAGUCUUGAUUGUGUAUGCUCACCAAAGCCCCAGCUCAUUCAGUGCUGCUGCCAAAGAUGCUGCUGUGGAGGUUUUGAAGUCCGAGAACUGCACGGUGGAGGUGUCUGACUUGUAUGCCAUGAACUUCAAAGCCACUGCUACUGCUGAAGACAUCACUGGUGAGGUGAAGAAUGCCGACCACUUUUGCUAUGCAGAGGAGACGAAACUGGCAUGGGAGGAUGGCCGACUGUGUGCAGAUAUCACUGAGGAACAGCGCAAACUCAAUGAAGCAGAUCUCAUCAUAUUUCAGGUGAAGACUAUUUUAAGCAUGAUGCAGUCGAGCAUUGACAAACAUUUUUGUGUAUUUCAGUUCCCCAUGUACUGGUUCUCUGUGCCUGCCAUCCUGAAAGGCUGGUUUGACCGGGUGCUCACCCUGGGGUUUGCUUACACACAAGAUAAGCGCUACAGCCAGGGCAUCUUUGAGAAUAAGAAGGCCAUGCUGUCCUUCACAACAGGAUCCCAAGAGACCAUGUUUAGUCCAAAUGGCAUCAAUGGAGACAUGAAUGUCACUCUAUGGCCUUUACAAAAUGGGAUCCUGCAUUACUGUGGCUUCCAAGUCUUGGCCCCUCAGAUCUUUUGGGACCCCGUGUUGGCCCCUCUGGAGAGGCGCAACUCAAUGCUGGAGGCCUGGCGCACUCGUCUGCAGGGCCUCCUGAAGGAGCAGCCCCUCUCCUUCACCCCCAUGUGCUGCUUUGACAGCGAGAAGGGCUUCCAGCUCCGACCUGAGGCCCUGGAGAAACAUGCCAAUGGAGAGUUUGGCCUGACUGUGGGUAUCCAUCUGGGAAAACCACUGCCGCCCAAUAACCAGAUGAAGGCUGGGGUCUGAAUGAGCUGUCUGUGAAUGCACUGUCAAAGAUUGUUUUCAGUC